AUGAUCCGCCGGGUCAUCACCUCGCCACGGUUGCGCAUCAGGAAUUCGAGCAGGCGGAAUUCCAUAUGCAGCAGCCGCACCGACUCGCCAUCGACCUUCACGGUCCGGCGGACGAGGUCGCACUCCGAUGCCUCCGCCGCGCAGCACCACGGCCUCGGCCUGCUCGCGGCGGCGCAGCAGCACCUCGACCCGCAUCGCCAUUUCGGCAAAGUCGAAGGGCUUGGUCAGAUAAUCGUCGCCCCUGCGCGCAGCCCGCAAUCCGCUCAUCGACAUCGCUCAACGCGCUCAGCAUCAGCACGGGAAUGGUGGAUAUACCGUUCGCGCAGCCGGGCCACGAGCGACCGUCCAGCCCCGGCAACAUCCGCUCGAACCGGCAUCGCCAUCGCCAGCAUGUGUCACCUCAUGCCCAUGCUGCUUCAGCUCGGCGAUGAUCGCCGCAGCGGUCGCGCCGUCGUCUUCGAUGACCGGGAUAGCCGCCAUGCCAUCGGCAUAGCCGCCCGCCCCAUUGCGCCCAAGCCUCGUCGGCUUGCGUGA